AGUACUGUUGCCCUUAGUGAGGGUUGUGAGCCUGUUCUUCUGAAAAACGAGAACUUCUAUCUCCUCAGGGAACUGUAUAGUGACACAGAGCAGCAAUGAUGUCACAGCAGAAAACGUACUGAAGGAAGCACGAUUGUACAGCAGCACUACUGUGACUCUAGGCUGAAAGCAGUUCUAAAGAUGGAUUUCUACACGUGGAUGAGUCUCAUGAUCAAUCUUCUCACUGUGAAGAUACUGAUUGAUAAGAGAAGACGUCUGAGGGAGAAGAAGAGACGCCGAUUAUAUUGGGUUCAUCCAUUGAUCUCUCAACGGCUAAGCAAGGGUCACUUCCAUACUGUGUAUCUUGAGCUCCGAAAGUAUCCAAAGAAAUUCCAUGAGUAUGCUCGGAUGAGUGUCACUACCUUUGAUGAACUGUUGGAAGUUGUUAGACCUCAGCUGACCAGAGCAUCUACGAACAUGAGAGCUAGCAUUUCUCCAGAAGAGAGAUUACUGGUGACGUUGCGAUAUCUUGCUACAGGGGACACAUUUGCUUCACUCCAUUUUCAUUUCCUUCUUGGAAAAAUGACAAUUUGCAAGAUUGUCCAUGAAACCUGUGCAGCCAUCUGGAGCUUGUUAAGAAAUCAAGUAAUGCUUGAGCCCACAGAAGAAAAAUGGAGAGCUAUCAGUGAAGGAUUUAAGAGCACUUGCCAUUUCCCUAACUGUGUUGGUGCUUUGGAUGGAAAACGCAUAAGAAUUAAAAUGCCACCCAAAAAUGUCUCAGAGAGCUCCAGAUAUAAAAACUAUUUCUCCAUUGUGCUAAUGGCCAUAGUGGACAGUGCACACAAUUUUGUGGCUGUAGAUGUUGGAGCGUAUAGAACUGUUGGGGAUUCAAAAAUAUUUCGCACUUCUCCAAUGGGGAGGAAAAUUCUUGAGGGCAAAUUUAAUAUUCCAAGCCCAAGGCCCAUAGAAGAAGGCGGGGAUCCGCUCCCAUUUGUGUUUGUUGCUGAUGAGGCCUUCAGCUUAAGCAACAACAUAAUGAAGCCUUAUCCUAAGAGAGGCCUGGAUUUCAAUGGGAAAAUCUUCAACUACAGACUGAGCCGUGCGCGACGUCAGGUGGAAUGCGCUUUUGGAAUUCUAGCGAAUAAGUGGAGGAUAUUUCAGAGCACUAUCCAGCUGAAGCCUUCACAUGUAGACAUGAUAGUAAAGAGUGCAUGUUCUCUUCACAACUUUGUACUACAAAGGGAGCGCUAUGCCAAUGACUUGCUGGAUCAUAAUAUGGAGGAUUUGGAGUGGCCCUCUGUGCGAUAUCCUGAUCAUGCUGCAAAUAUAAGAGAAAAAUUUGCACAGUAUUUCAUGUCCCCUGCUGGUGAACUUCCCUGGCAGUACAGCAAAGUUUAAAAUAUCUAUCAGCCUAUAACUUUUUUCCUUUUUUUAAUAUAUUAGGAUCUCCUAGUGGUGAGAUCUCCUAAGCAGAGUUCUCAGAUCUGCACAGCUGCUGUGGCUAGCAAAGGGACCCUGUUGCUAGACCAUUCAUCUUAGCAACAAUCUUUCCAUAGGAUGUGCAUUUAAUGUUUUUUUAUGCAUGUUCUUUUUUUGUAAAAGCCUCCCUUAUGCAGACAUUCAAAAGCCUUGAGACUACUUCUGGGUGUCUCCGCCAGACUCAGAGCUGUCAUCAAAUGACACUUUUUUUUUGUAUUUCUUAACUACAUACAAGGUUAUGUAGAGAGGCAAGGGUGACGGUGCUGGGCCAGCACAGACAGUAAUUGGACACAAGAGGAGAGGCUGUGACAUGCAAGGAGAGAGGGGGCCGUGCUAGGGUACAGAUUCUUACUAAAGAAGUACAAUUUGCUAGCAAGUUCAAAGGCACACUACAUCGGGGAAAAAACACUCCAAAUAAGCACUUAAAUUUUUAUGCACUUUUUUUUACCUGGCCUUUCUAGGUUGGGUACAGGGUCUGUUUAACUGAGGGCCUGCUCUUUGUUGGAUUUUUUAUUUGUUUUAUAGAAUUAAGAAUACAGGAGGAGUGAGGUCAAAGUUAAAUUGUGGGUGGGAACGGAACCAAGAGUCCCGGAAAAGAUAUGAGACCAAGGGUAACUUGUGUUGCGACAAUCCAUCUGUAGCUGAAAUAUAAUUUUUGG